AUUUUACGUUUUCGUUACUAGGAAUUCUUCACAGUAAAAAAAAAAAAGUCAGGGUUGACUCAAAAGUAAGAGUUAAAGCAACUCACGAUAACUCGCUGCCAUGUUAUUAAAAAGUCGGACUCUGAUGGUGCUCCUCAAAAAUGCUUGCUUUCUGUUUAGGAGUAACUGUGUUAGGAGCCGCAUAAUUGAGGAAAAUGCAAGGCAUAUGUCACUAGAUGUGGGUGAUUCGCGACUGAGCAAUCUGCCGAGGGUCCCCCUCACCACUAAAAUCUUCCUGGAUCGAGGACGUAUUGACCGAUUUGGAGGCGUAACAGUCGACUUUGGUGAAACGGGUUUCCCCGGGGACCUCCACGAACACGAGUUUCAGCGACUCCUGCAAGAGUCUGUCACUCAUUGGAAGUCUGAUGGUAGAGUAGCAGUGUGGCUACAUAUUCCCAUUUUCCAGAGCAGGUUUAUAGCUUCUGCAGCCUCUCUGGGCUUCACAUUUCACCAUGCUCAGAAGGAUCAUUCAGUGCUUACCAUUUGGCUCAAGGAGGAGCCCAGCAGACUUCCUGUUUACGCAACACACCAAGUAGGAGUUGCAGGCGCUGUUUUUGAUGAAGACACAGGAAGGGUGCUUGUAGUCCAAGAUCGCAACAAGUCCAAAAAUACAUGGAAAUUUCCAGGUGGGCUGUCUGAUCCUGGAGAAACCAUUGUAAAUACUGCUGUCCGUGAAGUUUUUGAGGAAACUGGUAUAAAGUCAGAGUUCAAGUCCCUUUUGAGCAUACGGCAGCAGCAUAAACAUCCAGGAGCCUUUGGUAACUCUGACAUGUACUUCAUCUGCCGCCUGAAGCCGUUGUCAUUCGACAUAAACUUUUGUCAACAAGAGUGUGUCAGGUGUGAAUGGAUGGACAUUGUCAAGCUCGUGAGGACUACAGAUACAACUCCCAUUACAAACCGAAUUGCCAGGCUCUUACUAUAUGGAUUCAGAGAGGGGUUCGAGAAGAUUGACUUGCUAGUAAAAGAAUUGCCAGCUAUCUACACUGGGUUACUUUACCAGCUAUAUCACAAAGAACUGCCAGAGUCUUACGAGCAAAUAUGCAGUUAAAAAUGGAGCUGUACACAC